AUGCAGUCCACGGUGGUGGCAACAAGUCCAGUGAAAGAUGGCCGACGCGUGCUCGGCGACAAGACACCUAACGCGUCUUGGUCGCCAGCAAAGAAACAAACAGUGGACUUGGAGAAGCCCAAGUCCACUGUGAUUCCUUUGAAGCCUUUACGAGAAUCCCCCAAGCCUCGAACUCUCUCUCCUCCUCCGUGCCACGCCGGCCAGAAACGGACAAUAGACCAGGUCGACGAGAACGCAGACAACUCGGAUCCUCGAAAGGCUUUGAUCACGUCUUCCCCGCAGCGGGAAGGCAAAUUUCAGAUAUUCGAGGACACUACUCGACAGGCGGCACCAUCUCAGACUCAGGAUCCUCACCCGGAUGCCAUAGAACCACAGACGCCGAAAAUGGAUGCACCGCCGCGUCAGAAUAAGGAGUCUUCGCAAGACAGGCGGAGUCAAAGCCCUGAACGCGUGGACGCGGUUCCUGCAAGCCGAGUUCCCACCGAGCCCGAAGCGCGUAGACGGUUUAUUCAGGAGAAAGCAGCUCUUGCCAAGCGGAAAAUCCAGAAGGCGAUGCGUCGCGUGGAAGAAGAAAACUCACACUCACUUGACCGUGCCCUCUCCGAAUUCGAGGCUAUGGCUAGCUCGAGAUCCAGUCUUGUCUCGUCCGGAAGCAUAAUUCGCCCUGCAAGUGUCGCAGGCCCUGUGCCGACUGUGCCCGCGUCCGAACCGCGCAAGUUGGUUGCCUCUCCACGUUCGGAGCGCGUCGCAGCUAGGAUAACCUCGUCUUCACCCGCGUCGACUGGAACUCAGCCUCGAGAAGAGGACGACAUGCCAACUCCUAGAGCAAUUGUGCGUCGCAGUCCGGAGAUGAGACCACAGACCGCUAGAGAGCCUGCGCAAUCCAACAACCCUGCGACCACCUGUCAUGUGCGAGCGACCAGCAACAGUAGCAGUAGCAGCAGCAGUGACAGUGACAGCGACAGUGACCGCAGAUGCGAUCCUGCUGAUGGUGCUGCUGCUGCCGCAGCCGAGGCUGCUGCGACUGCUGCUAUCAAUCGCCCUGCCGGGAGCAAUCGAGUGAACAUAGUCGACAGAAUGAUAGCGAUAGCAGACCGCAUGGAUAAAGAACAGGCCGUCAACGGGUUGAUGAAGUUGAUGGAGACUACGACUGAGUACGACAACCUCGACACGUGGACCGGAUGA